GUAAAACAACAACCGAAGAACCUUCUUAGCAACUAACAAACAAUCAAACAAUCAAUCAAUCAAUCAAUCAAUAAUCAUCAUGACCGGAUCCGACACCUUCUUCGACGCACUCAGUGCGCGCCGCAGCAUCUACGCCAUCUCUGCUACCUCUCCAAUCCCCGACUCGCGCAUCACCGAGAUCGUUGAAAAGACCAUCAAAAACACCCCCAGCACAUACAACGUCCAAUCUGCGCGCGCAGUCGUCUUGCUCAAGGACGAGCACAGGAAACUAUGGGAUUAUGCCGAGCAAUUCGUCAAGGCCAACCUGCCGGACGCUGUUUAUCAGAUGCUUGCACCUAGAAUUGCUCUGCACAAAGGUGGAUAUGGCUCGGUCCUCUUCUUCGAAGACGAAGCCGAUUUGACUGCCAUUGCGGCCCAACACGCAAACGUGGCUCCUUUUAUCAAUGAGUGGUCCGACACUUCAUCUGGCAUGCAUCAGCUCGCUGUCUGGACAGCUCUCACAGCAGAAGGCCUCGGCGCCAGUCUGCAGCAUUACAACUUCUUGCCUGUCUUCAGCGACAAAGUCCGUGAGGAGUGGAACCUUCCCAAGGACUGGAAACUCAAGGCACAGUUGGUCUUUGGUACGCCGACUGGAGGCCCGAUGGAGAAGACGAGCAAGCCUCUUGAGGAUCGUGUCAAGGUGUUUGGUCAAUAG